AUGUACAUAUUAUUGUAUCUUUUCUUUUUCACACUUGAAUUUGCUUAUUCACGUAGAGCUUUUAUUAAUGUUCAUAAAAAUAACAUAAUAAACAACAAAAUUGGGGUUAACAACUCUUACAAUAAAAAUGCUUUAUAUCAGAGUUCUUCGAAAGUACCUGUUUCACAGGCAAUUACAAAGAAGCAAAUAAUAGAAGAAGUUUCAAUGGAAACAAAAGAAAGCAAAAAGACCGUUGAGAAAAUUAUGAAUGGAAUAUUUGAUAAUAUAUAUAAACAUUUAGAAAAUAAUGAAAAGAUCUACAUUCAUAAAUUUGGUAUGUAUUAUAAUAUUUUCAGAAAGAAAAGAUGUAUUAAAAAUUUGAGAACAAAAGAAGAUAUUCACUUAGAAAGUAGUCACAUGCCACAUUUUAAAUUCUCGAAAAUAUUUAAAGACUUGAUAAAAGUAAAUGUAAAAGCUAAAAAAAGAGAAACUGAUCAAGAUGAAAAUGAACUAGAAGAAGAUGAUUUACAUAUGGGAAACAUUAAUGAAAGUUUCAAAGAAAAUGUAAAUGAAAAGUUAAUUUAUUGA